AUGAAAGCGGCGCGUCUUCUUUUUCAGUCUGACCGGCGCACGCGUCACCACAUGAUGAUCGAUGGUGAGAUCAACCCUAGAGAGUGGUUCAACUGGCACCCGAAGGAGUACCAGCCGUGGUACUUUGAUCGGCACAAAUUCCUCUACGAGCAGGGCCAGUAUGCCGCCUAUAAUCACCUGCUGUGCCACCAAGCCUAUCUGAAAGAUAUUGAACAUCUCACGCGAUAUCCUGAGCCGCGCACGUUCAUCAUCGACUGCCGUAUGUCGCCUGCAAAAAUGCAUUCCUGGGUGCCGCACAGUAUGUGGCUCCCGCGCGAUGAAGUCGAGUACGCCUUGCAGCUCACGAAUGACGAGUUCCAGGAAAUGUACGGCUUCAUGAAGCCCGCCAAGGAUGACGACGUUAUACUGAUCUCGCACAACGGCCUGGCAUCCGAGCAGGCCGGCUGGGAGUGGCGCAAACAGUACUACCAACACGUGUACAACUACCGCGGCGGCACGAAUGAACUCUUCGGGGAGGACUACCAGGACUUUAUCCUAAAGGAUCGGCUAGAUCCCUGGAAGGGGCCGUACCCACAGAAAAGUAUUUUUGUGGAUAAGUGGAGUAAGCGCAAGGUGCUGACACGCACUGGACCGUUUGACCGUCAGUACGAGAUGCAGGAUUUUGCUUUACCCGACUUAGAGUUGGAGACGCCACGGCACUCAGAGGAUGGCCCGCGUCACAACAUGCCUUACGGUCUACAAUAA